AUGCCUCGGCGCUUCUUCCUCUUCUUCUAUCCUGUGCCGAGUUGCUGGGGUCAAGGCUGCACCUGCACGCUGCACCACCACCCUCCAGCUCCAAGAGACAUCGGAGCCAAGUCUUGUUCUGUAUCCUUCUAUUUUCUAAUGUUUGGCUUUAGCAUAAGACCGUUUUUUGAUAUUUCAAGUCCACCUCUUUACGUGAAAGAGGACAGAAAAACCAAAUUUUUAUUAGAUAAGCCUUUGCAUAAUUGUUCGUUGAAUGCAACUGCCAUUAGAGCCGAGGUAGCCAGUCUACAGUUAGACUUUAAUAAAAGGUUGAAGAAGGCUCUUUUCGCAUCUUCUGGAAGUGCGUACUUGUGUGGCGUUGCACCUGUGAUAUUUAUUCCUCAGCAUUUACAUUACGACUUUGGCUGGGUGGCACAGCACGUUAUUUUCAUUUGGCUGGGUAGGUUAGGUACCCAUCUAUGUCAAUCCUACCCCGUCAGAUAUUGCGACGUUCUUCAUCGAGCAGCGCUUCAUUUGGGCAAAUGGUCCAAAUUUGACAGUAAAAAUGUCCACAUACCCAUACAGUCGUGGAACGACGGGAUUCUUUGGCCUCACGGUUCCGUAGUAAGGCAUAACAAGGAGCUUUAUCGCUCCGAAGGUCUUUGCACUGCUGCGGAACCGGGAAAUCCAACUCACCACCGAUUUCACGCGAUGUUCGGCAACCCCUCCUUAUUUCAGUUUUCUUUGUUUGUCUUGGAGCUGACGAUCGUCGUUGCUCAGUUUAUGAUACUCUUCCGUGCAAGAGAGUGGUAUCGAACAUUGUCCAUGUGUCUUUUACUCAUGACAAAUUAUAGCACGCUCUACAGACUAUUCAGAGAUUAUCUAGUGAGUUACAAACUUUACCAUACCGAACAGNUAUUAUUUUUUUAA